GACUCUGUUAGAUGACGAAAAUAUUCGAACCAAAAUAGAAGUUCCAAUGUGUGAAUUUCGUUGUUGGCGCCGAACCUCGUGCCGGCUCAAAUGAGCAGCCUAAUUUUAAUCUGAAGAACUGAUUCGCUAUUUUAUUUAAAUUUUUAUUGCCAUGGCAAGUCGAGUCCGAGAUAAUAAUGAAGUGUUCAAAUCUAGCAUUGAGAAAAACCUCUCUGCACUAUUUGAUUGUGUGAAGGGUCUGAAAACCAAUUUUGAUGAUACACAAUUUCCAAUUGAUGAUGACAACAUCAUGCUUCAUCGACUUGGUGACAGAUUGGAAUUUUUGCUUUGUGUUGGACUGAGACAAAGUUCUGGAGUAUUUAGCCGAUCAAAAAGCCCUUGGCAUUACAUCAAUUCCUGCCUUAGCAAGUUAAAAAAUAAUCAUGAUGGAAUACGUUUUGUCAGGGGAUUGUCUGAGCUAAAAACUCCCACAGGGAAACUCCGUUCUUUCCUGAGAUUUUGCCUUGUGCACCAGUGUCUGGCGGACACUUUACAACAAUGCACACUUUGUGAAGAUGUGACCAGUGAAUAUUACAGUGCAAAUUCUCUUUUUUCCAAACAGACUUGGAAAUCAAGUUUUAUUUCAUCCCUCUACGAACUCAAUGACAUUCAGUACGACCUCGCACCAACUGGUUACGACUUGGAUGUCGGUUGGCCCACUUUUGCUCGCAAACAGUUUGGCAGUUUCAAUUGGAGCAGACAGCAGCGAUCCUCUUCGAGGUUAUCUCUCAGUCUACUCUCCGAAUCUCAGAGUGUCAAUAGCUUUCGUAGUGAGUUGACUUCUCCUCUUUCCACUGGGCCAUUGAAUUCGACCAUGGCCAGCAGCGUUCAGUCCAACAGUCCGUCGCCGCCGCCACCGGAUGCGCACGAAAUGGAUCGGCUCAUUGCGACCAUUCGGCAGAUCACCGAAGAUAAAGAAGAAUUACAAAUACAAUUGGAUUCACUUUCCAGACAGUUGGGAGAGGAACGGGAAAAUGGGAAGAAGGAUCGUGAGCAAAUGGAGGAGGAGCGACGCCAGUACCAGGAGAAUUCAGCAGAGAUGGAUCGUCGUUUGGAGCUGACCCAGAAACAGGUGAGCCCCCAAACCCUUGAGAGUUUGCGACAAGCGGAAGCGCUGGGCAGGAAAAUGUUGGCCGUCCGUGAUGGAGAAGUUGAACUGCUCAAGGCUCAACUGGUCUCCACCGAGGCUAAAGUGGACGCGUUAAAAGAGCGACAAGAAUUGCAAAAGGUGGUAAUAAUGGGUGAGGUUCGUAAGAUGGCAAAUCAAUUGGCCGCCACUGAAUUUCAGCUCAAGAAAUGGAAGGAACUGGCCACAAAUUGGUCACAAAUGGAACACGCUGACGACGUUAAACUAGAAUCGAUCAAGGAGUUGGACGGAGCUGAAGAGCUGGGCAAGAAGUUGAAGGAAUUGUUUAGUUCCCAGCAAACGGCCAUCAAGGAGUUGGAGUCCAUCAAAGAAGCCAACAUGUCGUUAGCUAGGGCCUUGGCGCAACACGACCAUCAACUGUCGACUGUAACCAACCAGCUGGAUCAAACUUGGGUCUGGUUCUCCAAGCUGAAGACGCAGGCCAGUCAAUUGCAGACGGACGAGUCGGUGAUGCGCUACGACUUGAAGGAAAAGCGUAAACUCCUCAACAGUCUCAAAGAACAGUUGGAAGUGUCUAAACAGCAGUGGGAACGUAUUCGCAAUCAAAACGACGCCAAUCAGGAAGAGUGGCAGUCCUUUCGGGACGAACUAGACGGUCGUAAAGUUGCCGGGGCCGCUUCGGUCGUACAAAACCAAGUAGAAGAAGAAGAAGAAGAAGAAAAGGAAGACGCCGCCGCCGCUAAAGAAAGGGAACCACCAGCUUUCGUUCCGCCCAUUGAUUUGGUGUCGGACAUUGUCCCCAAUCAAGUCGUUCACGACGAUGAUGAAUUACCAGUUCCGGAAUCAUCGGCUUCGGCAGACGGCCGGCGUGAGGAGCGUUUGCAGCUGAUGGAACAACAGUGUCGCUCUCUUUACGCCAAACUCGUAAAUUCCACCAGCCGGAAUGCGGCAUUGGUCAGCCGACUGGCUAAUCUCCACCAACACUAUUCCAUCAAAGAAGAGCAGCCGCCGUCAUCGCCAACUGCUUCGACAGCGCCGGAAAUGUUGGUCGAAACUGUGGCAGAUCAAGGGAAAGAUGCCGAGGAAGUGAUUCAAGAGAAAGAUCGCCAGUUGGCCGUCGUUCAAGAGGAACUGAAAGCCAUCAAAUUUGAUCAGGCCACUCGUCAGCUGGAAAAGGAAAAGGAAAAUCAGCAUUGGAAUUUUCUUCUACAGGCCUACCAACAGCAGGAGGAGCAACUCAAACUGGCACUCAGUCAACUGGCCGAAAAUGGCCAGUUGAUUGGGUCGUUGCAACUUCAGCUGAGCACGUUGACGGGUCGCAAUCAGGAGGAGCGCCAGUUAUUGGACAAUCAAUUCCGUCAAAUGCAAUUAUCGCUGAUGACUAGGAACGAAGAGUGCGAAGGUUUAGUCAACGAAAUUCGUUCCACGGUCGCCGAAAUGGAUCAAUUAAGGACAUUGUAUUUAGAGUUACAAGAGAAAUUUAAAUGUUGCCAAGAAGCCGAAUCACAGGCCAAGUCGGACAACCAAAUCUUGCGGGAAGAAUCUCUCAUGUUGCGUGACAAAAUAGUCCAGCUAAUCAAGGAAAAGGAUUGUCUGUGGCAACGCAGUGACCGACUUUUACACCUUCAACGGAUUCAAGCGACAGAUCAGUGGUUGGCCGAUGGAUCCAUCCGCGAUUGUCAGAGCUGUCAAUCUCGUUUCACCAUUUUCGUCCGUCGCCAUCAUUGCCGCCUCUGCGGUCGCAUCUUUUGUCACUCGUGUUCCGACUAUUGGCUCAAAAUCGCUUCCAGCGCUCGUCCCACGCGCACCUGUCACGAAUGUUUCGCCAUUCAUCGGCAAUUCAGUCAACCGGGCGCAACCGGCCAGCUGAGCGAACUCCCCGUGACCGACCCCUCGGAUGGUAAAGAUCUGACAACAGAACCAGUUGUCGUUCAAUCACAACAACAACAAUGUGAAGGUGGUUCAUUGGCCGAGCCCUGCGCUGGAUUCAGCGUCAUAAGCGACGACGAGAUUGUCCAGUCACUCAACGACUCGAGUCCAUACAGUAGCCCACGAAAUGGGCCCAUCAAUGAAAACAUCCGCACGGCUGCCGUCCGCAGCUUCAGUUCAUUGGUCCACGAUGAAUCCAACGAAACGAAUCCGUCGGAAGCCUUUGUCAGCGCCGGAAUGAUUUACAGGAUUCCCUUCCAGGUUGAACGGCCCGGUUGCGUCUUUCACUGGAAAUUCAAAACCGAUCCCAGGAGCAUCGCCUUCGCCAUUGUAGGAGCUGAAGAUGACAGCGAAAAUGACGAAUCCCUGACUCGCAUCAUCGUCGAGACGGCCCUACACAAGUCGGAAGAAGAUUUCGUCCAAGGACAGGCCGAGCUGCCUCUAUCCGGUCGCUACUACGUCUAUUUCGACAACAGCUAUUCGCGUUUCAAUACCAACAAAAUCACCUUCCAUCUGAGUCUGACAGCUCCCAGCUUCCCCAUUUGAUGGAUGGCAACUUCUUCUUCCCUGUCCUUAUUAUUUUUUUUAAAUCUCAAAAGAGUGCUCGGAUCCUCUCUAAUUUAUAAUUUUAUAAUAGUGGUCGCUCCUUGUGAAGGUGCUAAUCAAGCUGUUUCUCAAAAAAUAGACACGUUUUUAAAAGAAA